AUGGCCAACCUUGAUGAGCUCAUGAAGGAGCUGAACCCGGCACAGCUGCAAGCCGUGCGGCACCCACCACAAAUACCCUUACAGAUUCUAGCAGGACCUGGAAGCGGAAAGACGAAAGUACUCACGAUGCGAAUUGCCUACCUUAUCUCACGCUGCUACCUUCCUGCAAACACGAUAUGUGCCGUGACCUUCACGAACAAGGCGGCGAACGAGAUGCGCGAGCGACUCAUUAGGCUCCUCGGCAAGGACACGACUAUGCAGAUCAAGAUGGGGACGUUUCAUGCGCUCUGUGCAGCAUUCCUACGGAGGUACGCGAGGCGGGUUGGACUCGAGGGGAACUUCACGGUGUGCGAUGCGGACGAGAGCAAGAAGAUCAUUCGCAAGCUGAUGAAGCUACAUGAAGAGGAGAUCAAAGAGAGCGAAUUCUCGAUGAAGGAGGGUGCAGUCCAGUCCAUCAUUUCUAACCUCAAGGCCAAGGCGAUCUCCCCCGAAGGCGCAAGAGCUCAGCUGCAGGAGAUGGAUAGUAUGACGCAAGCCCAAUGGCAAGAGAGGAUCCUGACCGGACAGAAGUUUGACCUACCCUACAGUGGUCAAGUGGGCGCGAUCCUCGUCAAGCUCUACAAGGAAUACAACGAAAACUUACGAGCAGUAAACAGUCUGGAUUUUGACGACCUGUUGCUUUUCGGCGUGGAGCUGUUCAAGACUCACAAGAAAGCGUCAAGCUUCUGCAAACACAUUUUGGUCGACGAAUACCAAGAUACGAACACGUUGCAAUACCAGCUUAUGAGUUACAUUGCUCAGACAUGCAGAUGCGUCUCUAUCGUUGGAGACCCCGACCAGUCAAUAUACGGCUGGCGUGCAGCAGAGAUUGCGAAUCUGGCUCACAUGCAACGAGAUUUCCCUUCCACACAGCAGAUCCUCCUUGAACACAAUUACCGAUCGACAGCGUCAAUAUUGGAGAUUAGUAUGGCUGUAAUCUCCCAAGACAACGACCGCAUAAAGAAGACGCUGGUUACAUCUCACGCCAAAGGGUCACUGCCCGUUCUUCGCGCCUUUCCGACCGAACACACCGAGGCAGGUUUUAUCGCAGCGGAGAUCAAACGUCUUGUCGCGUUCACGGGAGGCUUGCUGGACUGGAGCGACUUCGUCGUACUGCUGCGUUACAAUGCCAUGUCUCGCGUAAUCGAAAGUGCUCUACAGAAACAAGGUAUCCCGAACCGGGUGCUUGCGGGCCACAAGUUCUUCGAACGCAUGGAGGUAAAAGACAUCCUAGCGUACCUCCAGCUCGUCGACAACCCAGCCUUCCUGCCGGCAUUCAACCGCGUAGUCAACGUUCCGCCUCGUGGCGUCGGCGAUAAGACUGUUGCUGUCCUGCUACAUCAAGCCGAACAGCUCAACACGACCCCGUUGGAUGUCGUUCAACGCAUCAUCGACGGCAAGAUCCCUGAUAUCAAGCCCCCGGUGAAGAGGAAGCUUGGGGAGUUCAUCGGCAUCAUCAGGGACCUGCGCACGUAUGCGAAUCAGGGAAUGGCUCCGUCGAAACUCAUCCAGGCGCUUCUCGACUUCAUCAAGUACAAGGACCACCUCCGCAAGACGCAGCCCGAGUGGGAGAGUCGCUGGGAGAACGUCGAAGAGCUCAUCAAUUUCGCGACCGAAGUCCAGAACAGCAUGGUGGGCGCAACUGCUCGCAUGAUGGCGGACGCCGAAGAGGACGCUCAUGAGGAGCUUCAUGGCGGUGGACCAUACCCGCUCGGCGAUGCGCACGCCCCGAACAGGCCGCAACUUCCCAACGUCACUCCGGGGUACGUUAAAUGUGCCCCGAUAUGUCUUUUACCUCAUGCUAUUUCCAGUGAAACACCAUUACGCUUGUUCCUGCAGGCGUCGAUGCUCUCGACUGAUACUGAAGGUUCGGACGACGAGGAAAGUAGGAAUAAAGUGACGAUUGGCACCUGCCACGCCGCCAAGGGUCUUGAAUGGGCGGUGGUCUUCAUCCCGGCUGUGGAAGGUGGAGUAUUCCCCGCGGCUAGAGCGGAAGACGAUAUGGAAGAGCUGCGACUACUCUAUGUUGCGUGCACGCGCGCUCAGUCCGUGCUCUACAUCACUCACGCUCAGACUCGAAUGCACGCUGGAGUGACCAUGGAGUCCAGCCUUUCGCCGUUCAUUACCCAGAUCCGCGGCGAGCCCAAGACGGCCGGUCUACUCUCCGGCAAUCUCCCCGCUCUCCCAUCGGAGGACCGCGCCACCAUGGCCAAGAUUCUGAAUCGCACUCCUCCCGAAGAAGCCGAGGUCACGCAGCGUGUCGCCGAGUUGUACGUUUCUUGCGAACGGCGCUCUCUCUUGAUAGUGAUUAGUAUGCAGCGAGCAGCUCAACAUACACCCCGUCUGGGGCCCGAACGCUCCCUUCCGUGA